GUGAUAGCUGAUAGAGGAGCACCCCAUGGGGCAGACCCACCUGCAGAGAACCCUGGCCAAAGUGGAAAUGUAGCCAAGCAGGAACCCCAGGAAUGGCUUCUGGGUUCAGAGCCCCUUACAGGAGGAAGAGUAAACUGGGGUGUUGAGGUCAAGCUAGGCCUCAAGGCCCCUGGGAAACUGGGAUAAGGUUGCAGAUAAAUCCCAGGCCCAGAUCGGCUUAAAGACAGCCCAGAAAUUUCCACCCUGGAUGUGUCACCUCAACAAGGAAGCAUCCAUCCAAGAAGACCAACACUCCCAGGAGGCCUGGAAGCAGCACCCUGGGUAGACCUGCAUGGACAUCCCCAUUAGCACCAGAGACUUCCACUGCCUGCAGCUGGCCUGUGUGGCCCUCGGCCUGGUGGCCGGCAGCAUCAUCAUCGGUGUCUCCGUGUCCAAGGCUGCCGCUGCUGUGGGUGGUAUCUUUCUUGGUGCUGCUGGGCUUGGGCUCCUCAUCUUCACCUACCCCUUCCUGAAGGCUCGGUUCAACCUGGACCACAUCCUACCUGCCAUAGAUGGAACUUUGGGGUGCUCUCAUCCUGCAGGAAACCUAAGAAUCCAUCCUAACUCAGGACCAGACCAUGGAGAGGGAAGAUCUAGCAACAACAGCAGUAAAGAAGGAGCCCGCAGCAGCCUGUCCACGGUGACCAGAACCCUGGAGAAGCUGAAGCCUGGAGGCCGAGGAACUGAGGAGGGCUAAACACUGCCUCCUGUCUCACCCUCCCCACUCCCAAUACUCAGGGCCCUCCUUCAAGGUGGAAGAUGCAGAAGUGAGCCCUGGGAAUGCUGGGCCUACCUUCUCUUCCAAUGACCCUCUCCCUAACAGAGUCCUUCCCUCCUGGAUUGUGGAGAGACCCUCAAGA